GGACACGACGUAAUUUAUGAUGCAUGCGUCCAUCAGACGGCGGAUGAUAUACUGAUCGACUAAGAUGUAGAGUUGUGCGUACGACAUACAAUACUCUUGCGAGGAGAUCUCAGCAGGAAAGCGACGCUGUCCGUUGUGUUACUUUCUCUUUCGCUCUCCUGAGCCGCUAUAACAUGUUGGCAUCUUCGGCAGUCAGAACAUUGCUCUCAGGCUUUCUGGUCUUUCUCACUACGAGCUCGAGGCAACCUUACGGUUGCCCUGUCGAAGUUCUCAUCGACGAUAUCAUCACUCGAAUGAAACCACUAUCAUUGGCUUUCGCCACAAUUUGGACCUGGGGCCCACGGAGCCCGAGUAGCCUCAGUUAUACAUUGCACUCUCGCACGGCAUGGGCUUUCUCGAUGACCUGGUUCCUCACUCGGCCCCCCGAGCCCGGAAAGGAGCCAAGACUGUUGGAGGAAAACCGGUGGUAUCCACCUUCAGGCCAGAUAUCCAGAUCGUCAGACAAUUUGGACUGUACCUCGUGGGCGUCGAGGACCACGGUUUGCUGCGACGAAUCUGGUCCCGGUCGAGCGCUACACUGCUGACUCUUCUUACGGCCGGGGAUGCGAGUACGGGCGAUGUCGUCGCUAUGGAGCG